AUGUUACUUCGGGGAGAGGCAUAUUAUGAUGCAUGUAUUGAUAAAAAUAAGUUACGUGCAGAAGUUAUGGCCUAUCUUAUUUCAAUGCCAAUUCAACUAAUUUAUCUUCGAAUUGAACAAUAUGAUUGGCUUUUACAUCUUAUCGAAUAUUCAUUCGAUAAACUAAGAAAAAAUGCAUUGACUACUGUUCAACAUGCCGAAUUUUGUCUUACGAGCUGUCAUACUGGUUCAAAUGAACCAAUUCAUACAGGAAAAACUCUAGUAUCCACUCUCAGUAGUUAUAUGCCAAAUUUGCAAACAUUACGCCUUUGGCGAGAUGAUGAUUUUCCUUGGACAUCAAUUCGACCAGAAUAUCCAGCAGGGCAAUUGUAUCAAGUUUUGACUAGACAAUGGAUAAAAUCUUUAGAAACACCUGAAUCAAUCGUUAAACAUGUUGCUGUUUUUGAGCAAAAUCUUUGUGAAUUAGUUGAACAAUUAAAGCAAUUGGUUUAUCUCGAUAUUUAUGGAGAAAUCGAGCGUAAAAAAGUCGAAUCUUAUCGUUCUAUGAUUGAAAAAUGUUUUCCUAAUAGCCGAGUUUACAUGAAUAUAUCAAGACUUCGUCUGUGGUUUUGA